AUGGCUCUAUCUCAAUCAAUUUUCUCCACUUUCACUUCUCGAAGAUUGGAUAAUGCCUCUUUCCCAUUGCAAAGCUCUGCCUUCAGAUCUCAUUCAUUGUCGACCCGUUUCAAGAAAACCCGGAGUAGUGUCACUAUCAACUGUGCUAUUCCACAGAAUGAUAACAAAACUGAAACCCCAAUUGAAUUGAGGUACCCAGCAUUUCCUACUGUGAUGGAUAUCAAUCAGAUUCGCGAGAUUUUGCCCCAUCGUUUUCCGUUUCUUCUAGUGGAUAGAGUGAUUGAAUAUAAUCCAGGAGAGUCAGCUGUGGCCAUCAAGAAUGUGACCAUCAAUGACAACUUCUUUCCUGGCCAUUUCCCUGAGAGGCCAAUCAUGCCUGGUGUUCUCAUGGUUGAGGCAAUGGCUCAAGUUGGUGGCUUGGUCAUGCUACAACCUGAAGUUGGAGGCUCCAAACAGAAUUUCUUCUUUGCUGGAAUAGACAAAGUAAGGUUCAGGAAACCAGUGGUGGCUGGAGAUACUUUGGUAAUGAGAAUGACACUGAUCAAGCUGCAAAAACGGUUUGGAAUAGCAAAGAUGGAAGGUAAGGCUUAUGUAGGAGCGGAUGUGGUAUGCGAGGGUGAAUUCUUGAUGGCUACAGGCAGUGAGUAA